AUGGGCAGUAUACCAAAGGAUGCGCCUGCUGGCCCCGGCAAGGCGAAGCUCUAUGGACGCGCUUUCUAUGAGAGCAUUGGCAGCCCGAAAUACAUUGUAGCGCCCAUGGUAGACCAGUCUGAAUUUGCCUGGCGCAUGCUCACGAGAUCCUUCCUGCCCGAGGCUGAGCAGAGCAGCCUUCUCGCGUACACCCCCAUGUUCCACGCACGACUCUUCGAAGAGACGGAAAAGUAUCGACACGCCCAUUUCCAAGCGACACGACCCGGGACCGACGACAUCUGGCUAGACGGCAACCCGAAGCUCGACCGACCUCUCUUUGUACAAUUCUGCGCCAACGAUCCAAAGCACCUCCUCCACGCCGCACGGCACGCUGCCCCGUACUGCGACGCGGUCGAUCUCAACUUGGGCUGUCCGCAGGGCAUCGCGCGCAAGGGUCACUACGGGUCAUUUCUCCAGGAGGAUCAGGACCUGAUCUUUCGACUGAUCAACACCUUGUACAAGGAGCUGGAGAUUCCCGUCACCGCCAAGAUUCGCAUCCUGGAGACAAAGGAGGCGACGCUGGCGUAUGCGCAAAAUGUUCUCCGAGCGGGCGCCUCGAUAUUGACGGUCCAUGGGAGAAGGAGGGAACAAAAAGGGCACCUCACAGGACUGGCCGACUGGGAGAUGAUCCGAUUCCUGAGGGACAGUCUGCCCAAGGAGACGGUGCUGUUUGCGAACGGCAACAUUCUACAGGGGGCGGACAUUGAACAAUGUCUGCAGGCCACGGGUGCCGAUGGCGUGAUGAGCGCAGAGGGCAACCUGAGCGACCCGUCCAUCUUCGGUCGAGCCCCGGAGAAAGGGCAAGAGGGCAGAGAGUACUGGCGCGGUAAAGACGGGAACGGCGGCUGGCGAGUCGACGCCGUCAUGAGACGGUACCUGGACAUCCUGCACAAAUACGCCGAAGAGACGGAGCCGCCCAAGCGACGGCCACUCUUCAUGCCGGGGGAGGACAUGGCCUGGAUCGAGGAGGAGGACAAGGCGGAGGCAGAGGCGGAGGAGCCCCCGGCGAAGAAGAGGAGGAAAGAGGACAGCAACAACAAGAACGCCCCCGCGAAUCCCAACCUCUCCGGCGUCCAGGCGCAUCUCUUCCACCUGCUGCGGCACUUUGUCACGAAGCAUACCGAUAUCCGAGACCAACUGGCCAAGUCCUCGCGCAAGGGCAUGCCAGGCUACGAAGCGGUCCUGUCCGCCGUCGAGCGGACGGUCGCCAGGGGUCUUGUCGAGUACGAGCGUACAGACGGACAGAGCUGGGCAGACGAGGUGAAGGCGCUGUACGAGCAGGACGACGGCGUGGAGGGCGAGAGCUCGGUGGCGACGAUGAAGAGGUGCAAACGACCGUGGUGGGUUGUCCAGCCCAUUGUGCGGCCGCUGCCGAGCGAGGCGUUGAAAAAGGGGGCGAUCCGACCCAGCAAGAAGGAGAUGAAAGUCGAGGGCACUCCUAAGGAGACGAAGCAGCCUGCUGUGGUGAACGUGGCCACGUCAGGGGAGACGACUGCGGAUACGACCCCGAAGCCUGCCGACGCUGCUGUCGCGGAGGAGAUCAAGAAGGACGGCGCAACUACGGAGCAAGAGAAGGAUCUCGCUGCAAGAGACAAGCUGGUUGCUGGGUAA